CGCGGGGACCGGACCGGACCGUUGUUCCCGGGGCUCUCCCCCUGCCCCGGAAGUCGCGCUCCCGGAAGUCGCGCUGCCCUCUCGGUCUCUUUCCGCCGCCAUCUUGGGCCCCGCUCCCCGCACAAAAUGCCCGGCGAAGCCACAGAAACCGUCCCGGCCACGGAGCAGGAGCUGCCGCAGCCGCAGGCGGAGACAGCUCUUCUCCAUGCUGCUCAUUCCCCACCUCUGACUCCAUCUCCAUCUGCCCAGGCCCUGCAGGGCCCCCCAGGCCCUGUGUCCCCCCCCGUGGUGCCAGCUGCUGCCAUCCCCGUGUUCUCUGUGCCCCCCCAGCCCCCUGCCCCAGCUCUGCUGGGCACGGCCACCGCUGCCCCUCCUGCAGCUCCUCAGGGCCCCGUGGUGUUUGCAGCCCCAGGGUCUCCAGGCUCUGCCCCAGUGUCCCCUGUGUCCCCUGUGUCACCUGUGUCACCUGGCCUGGCUGCUGCUGCUGCUGCAGUGACAGUGGCUCCUGCUGUCCCCACAGUGAGCCCCAGUGCUCUGCCAGCUGCUCUCAGCUCUGCCAUGAAAUCUGCUCCUGCUUCAGCCUCUGGAGCAGCCCCAGCUCCUCUUCCUCCCCCUCUCCUGCCUCCCCCAUCCCGUCCCCUUCUGGCAUCUCCCCCAGCAGUGCCCCCCAGUUUGGUGGCAGUGUCCCCCCAGAGCCCAGGGUCACCCCCACAUCCCACAGCCCCCGUUUCUCCUGCAGUUCCUGCUGCUCCAGCCCUGGUGGGUGCCAUCUCUCCCCCCGUGUUCCUGGCUGCCCCCAAAGCUCCUUUGUCACCUCCCAUCCCUCUGCUGCCAGCUGGCAUGUCCCCUGGCUCAGCCCCUGGCUCCCCAGUGCCACCAUUGCUCCCAGUUGCUCCUUCUGCUGCCAAGGCCUCUCCCAUGGCACCUCGAGCAGCUCCUGUGCCACCUGCCCUGUCCCCACCUGCUCUGGGAGCUGCCACCUCUGUCCCAGGGUCUCCAGCCAGCCCAGUGCUGCCAGCAGCAGCGCCUGCUGUCCCCUCUGUCCCUGUCACACCUCCCAUGGCACCUCCAGCCACCCCUCCUGUGGCUAAAACAUCUCCUGGUGCCCCUGUCACACCAGCCAUGGUGGCUCCUGCAGCCAAAGCAGCUCCUCCAAGUCCAGUUGCUGUCCCCUCUGCCCCGGUGACACCGCCCGUGGUGGCUCCAGCUGCCCCUCCAGUGGCCAAAGCAGCUCCUCCAAGUCCAGCUGCUGCCCCUUCUCCUCCUGUCACACCACCCCUGGCACCUUUGGCAACUCCUCCAGUGGCCAAAGCAGCUCCUGGGAGCCCGACCACUGCCCCAGCUGCCACCUCUGUCCCUGUCACACCACCCCUGGCACCUCCAGCCACCCCUCCUGUGGCCAAACCAUCUCCUGCUGUCCCUGUCACACCACCCAUGGUGGCUCCAGCCACCCCUCCAGUGGCCCAACCAGCUCCUGGGAGCCCGACCACUGCCCCAGCUGUCCCCUCUGUCCCUGUCACACCACCCUUGGCACCUCCAGCCACCCCUCCUUCAGCCAAAGAUGCCACCAAGGGCUCUGUUGCUGCCUCAGCUGCUGCUCCAGCUCCUCCCAGCCCAGCUCCAGCCACCCCACCUGCAGCCAAAAGUGCUGCCAAGAGUCCUGGUGGUGCCAGCCCUUCCCCUGCCACCCCAUCCCCUGCCACCCCAUCCCCUGCCACCCCAGCUCCUGCCACCCCUUCCCCUGCCACCCCAUCCCCUGCCACCCCUUCCCCUGCCACCCCUUCCCCUGCCACCCCAUCCCCUGCCACCCCUUCCCCUGCCACCCCUUCCCCUGCCACCCCAGCUCCUGCAGCUCCUCCAGCUCCAGCUGCCAAAACACCCCCAAAGAGCCCUGCCAAAGCCACCCCCACUGAAGACAAAACACCCCCAAAAAGUCCUGUCAAAGCCAGCCCAGCUCCACCAGCCUCUCCUGAGGCCAAGGCACCCCCAAAAAGCCCCACUGAGGACAAGGCACCCCCAAAGAGCCCUGUGAAAGCCACUCCUGCUCCAGCAGCCUCUCCUGAGGACAAAACACCCCCAAAGAGCCCUGGCAAAACCACCCCAGCCUCUCCUGAGGCCAAGGCACCCCCAAAAAGCCCCACUGAGGCCAAGGCACCCCCAAAAAGCCCUGCCAAAGCCCCCCCAGCUCCAGCUUCCCCUGGAGCAUCCAAAAAACCUCCCAAGAGCAGCAGCUCUGUCCCUGCCCUAUCCUCUCCUGUGGCUCCAGCACCUUCAGCUGCUCCUGCUGAGGCCAAGGCACCCCCAAAGAGCCCCACUGAGGCCAAGGCACCCCCAAAAAGCCCCAGUGAGGCCAAGGCACCCCCAAAAAGCCCUGCCAAGGCCACCCCAGCUCCACCAGCCUCUCCUGAGGCCAAAGCACCCCCAAAAAGCCCCACUGAGGCCAAGGCACCCCCAAAGAGCCCUGCCAAAGGCACCCCACCUCCAGCAGCUUCUCCUGAGGACAAAACACCCCCAAAAAGCCCUGCCAAAGGCACCCCAGCUCCAGCUGCCCCUGCUGCAGCCAAAGGAUCCCCAAAAAGCCCUGCUGAGGCCAAGGCACCCCCAAAAAGCCCUGCCAAAGCCACCCCAGCCUCUCCUGAGGACAAGGCACCCCCAAAGAGCCCUCUCAAAGCAACCCCAGCUCCAUCUACCCCUGCUGAGGCAAAAGCACCCCCAAAAAGCCCCACUGAGGCCAGGGCACCCCCAAAGAGCCCCACUGAGGCUAAGGCACCCCAGAAAAGCUCCACUGAGGCUAAAGCACCUCCAAAAGGCCCCACUGAGGCCAAGGCACCCCAAAAAAGCCCCACUGAGGUUAAGGCACCCCAAAAAAGCCCCACAGAGGCCAAGGCACCCCAAAAAAGCCCCACAGAGGCCAAGGCACCCCCAAAAAGCCCUGCCAAAGCCACUCCCCCUCCAACCAACCCCGCUGCAGCCAAGGCCCCCCCAAAAAGCCCCUCCAAAGCCACUCCAACCCCAGCAGCCCCCACCCCACCUCCUGCCCCAGCUCCUGGUGCCCCCCCAAAGCCCCCCAGCCCCGCCAAGAAGCAGCAGCAGCAGCCCCCCAGCAAUGCCAAGGUGGUGGGCAAGCCCCCCUCGAAAGCCGCGCCCGGUGACGAUGACGAGGAGCUGCCACCUCUGCUCCCCCCAGAGCCACCCGUGCUGCUGGAGCUGUCCCCUGCCACGGGGGUGCUGGCACCACAGCCCGUCCUCAAGAAUGACAAGGGGUCUGGCACAGAGUCUGACAGCGAUGAAUCCGUACCAGAGCUUGAAGAGCAGGACUCCACACAGGCCACGACGCAGCAGGCACAGCUCGCGGCAGCAGCCGAAAUAGACGAAGAACCCGUCAGCAAAGCAAAACAGAGCCGGAGCGAGAAGAAAGCUCGCAAGGCAAUGUCCAAGCUGGGCCUUCGCCAGGUGACAGGAGUGACCAGAGUCACCAUCCGGAAAUCCAAGAACAUCCUGUUUGUCAUCACAAAGCCAGACGUGUACAAGAGCCCGGCGUCAGACACCUACAUUGUCUUUGGAGAGGCCAAGAUCGAAGACCUGUCCCAGCAGGCUCAGCUGGCAGCUGCUGAAAAGUUCAAAGUGCAAGGAGAACCCGUGUCCAACAUCCAGGAAAACACACAGACCCCCACGGUGCAGGAGGAGAGCGAGGAAGAGGAGGUUGAUGAAACCGGCGUGGAGGUGAAGGACAUCGAGCUGGUGAUGUCUCAGGCAAACGUGUCGCGAGCCAAGGCCGUGCGAGCCCUCAAGAACAACAGUAACGACAUUGUAAACGCGAUAAUGGAACUGACGAUGUAGCCGCCGGAGGGAGGAGCCUUUUUUGGUGUUUCAGAGAAGAGUAAAAUACAGCUAAAUUUAAAAUUUGUACUAUUUCUAUCGGUUAAUAAAGUUGUGGCUUAUUGUUGGUGAAA